GUGCGCGCCGCAGCAGGACACGCCUCCGCGCGGAAUGGAGCGUGCGCCGUGCGGAAAGUCUGCAGCGGGCGCAAACUGCGUUUGACCCACAUUGCACGUUGUUUUUGAAAGGAUCCGAGCGAUAUUCGUCGAUUCGUUUCCAUCCGAGUAGAUGCAGCGAUGACGCGAGAGGAAGAUCUCACCCGGAUUGCCAAAAAACUGGACAAGAUGGUGUCUCGGAAUAACACGGAGGGCGCCCUGGACUUGCUGAGGGAACUGAAAAGUUUCAAUAUGACUCUCAAACUUCUUCAGGAAACACGAAUCGGCAUGUCUGUGAACGGUAUCAGGAAGAACUCCACAGACGAGGAAGUUAUUGCUUUGGCAAAGCUCCUCAUUAAAGACUGGAAAAGACUUCUGGACCUGGAGAAAGCAGCUGAGAGGAAUAACGGUUUGGACUCCAGUAAAACAGCAGUGUCUCCAAAGGGCCCCCCCUCUGAGACACACAGCAGUCACAGAAGACUACACGUCAAACUAAAACACGACUCAAGUCCUGAGAAGAAGCAACCCGACAAAAGUGGAAAAGAAAAACAUAACGAAGAACGCAGAGCGAGACGCGCAGAUGAUCCCAGUGAUGAUGAGAAGCACCUGGAGGAGCCUGGAUAUGAAAAACAUCACCAAGAAAUCAGAGAAGAGAAGCAUUUAAAAGAACCCCAAAAACCAGGACACGCAGAGGAUCCUCUCCUGGUAACAGAUAACAAGCCGCAUGCGCGGGACCUACAGGGUGACAGAUCCAAGACAGAACCAAAGAAAGAAAGGCCAAAGAAGAGACACGUGGAGGAGGUCAAAAAGGAUCCCCAGAGGCUCAGCUACGCAGAUGACACAAGGAAGGACAAACACGGAGAAGAAAACAGAAACGAGAGGCCGAUAAGGUCACCACAAUGGGAGAAACCUCCGAGUGAACCCCAGAGAGAGAGACCCAUAUUUGAGAGGCGGGGAGUGAUGGACAGCAGCCUUCUCUACCCCACCCGCUUCCCCUCUCCCCCUCGACCCGCUCGGCCUCCCCUCCCGAUCAAACGCCCCUCUGUGGACCUGAAGAAAGACAGGAAGGACAGUAAAGACUCAUCCUCCCGACAUCCUCGUCCCCAUGCUCCUCUGCCCGCCUCUCCGCCGGCCAGGCGACUGUCCCUGGAAGUAAAGAAAGAGAGGAAAGUUCUGCCGGACCCAGACGCUCCUAUAGCUCCUCUUCCUCUUCAUCUUCAUCCUCCUGCAGCCAGGAAGGAGACUCCUGACCCAAACGCUCCUCUUCCUCCGCUUCCUUUUCACCUCCACCCCCCACCUCUUCCGCUGAAGAGUCCCUCCCUGGACGGGAAAAAGGAGAGGAGGACGGAGUCCUCAGACUCUAAACCUCCUCCACAGAAGAAGAUGCCAGAUCCCGUGAAGAGAGAAAGGAAACACUCAGUGGAAAGCAAAGUGCCUAAAAAACACUCUGACGAAGCCAAGAGUGAAAGGAAAGAUUCAUCUGACUCAAAACCGCCACUUCUCAAAAAGCCCAGUUUGGGUGUAAAAAAAGAAAAACACAGGAAGGACUCCUGCGACUCCAAGCCUGGCCAGCCUGUGAGACAUAAAUCUACUGACUCCAAACCCGGCAGACGGGAAUCCACUGAUUCAAAGAAGAGCAGCUCACCGCCAGCAAAGAAGCUAACAGUUGAAAGAAGGGAGUCUCAAGGCUUAAAGACUUCUCAGCCUGGACCUCCACAGAGGAAACCCUCUACUGACAUCAUGGAAAGGAAAGGCAAAGCCGAUACCCCUAAAACUCCCACCAGCCCCACCAGCCCCAUGUCACCCAGCGGCAGCUCUUCUGGGGGGCCGGUGCCCCCUCACCUCGCUACCGGAGACUCCGUCAGAGACAAGUGCAUUUACAUGCUUGCGGCUGCCUUGCGCACAGACGACCACUACAAGGAUUUUGGCACAAACUGUGACAGCAUGGCUGCCGAGAUUGAAGAUUAUAUCUACCAGGAGACAAAGGCCACGGAUAUGAAAUAUAAAAACAGGGUGCGAAGCCGCAUCAGCAACCUGAAGGACCCAAAGAACCCCGGGCUUCGCAGAAACGUCCUCGCAGGAAGCAUUGACUUGAGCCGCAUAGCCAGCAUGUCUGCUCAGGAGAUGGCCAGCGAUGAACUGAAACAGCUGAGGAACGUUCUCACCCAGGAGGCCAUAAGGGAGCACCAAAUGGCCAAAACCGGAGGCACCAGCACCGACCUGCUGCAGUGCGGCAAGUGCAAGAAGAGGAACUGCACUUACAACCAGGUGCAGACACGGAGUGCUGAUGAGCCAAUGACCACAUUUGUUCUGUGCAAUGAGUGUGGUAACCGCUGGAAGUUCUGCUGAUGCCUUCCAGAUGAAGCCACACUUUUGUCUGAGUACUUUUGACUGCAUUAUUUUCCAUAAUGGGAGGGGAAGGAGUUAUUGCAGCUAGUGGUUUAACAUAUAAUUGUAUUGUAAUUAUUUUUACUUGAAAUUUUGAGACGUUUAAGCAUUUGCUAGUGAUCCGGGUGUGAUUUAUGUGGAAUUGAAUUGAGCAUGAACAUGAGUUUGAUAACUGCUAACAAUAACGAUCAUGGUGCUGUCAUGAUUGAAAAAUGAUCCAGUUAAUAACUACAGACUAUUGCAGCGGUUUAAAUGCAUACAUCUGUAUUAUGGCUUUUUAAACUCACUUUUAAUAAAGACAAAUGAAUAAUC